UAUUUCUUCACCCCUUAAAGUCAUCUAGAGAGAAAGAUAGAGAGAGAACCUUUUUUUUUUUUAACUCCAAACCAUUGAUUUCAUUUUCAUUUAUUUCUCUUUUGGAGUCAACGAAAAGAUCAGAAGAAGAAGCAAACACAAAGAGUGAAAGAGAUUUUGUAUUGGAUCUUGUCAAGAAUCACUCAUUCAGAUCCAUAAAAAUAAAGUUGAAUACUUUUUGAAAGAUCUUGAAUUGGUCCAUCUUCUUUUCAAGAACCUAUAAGUUGGAUACUUUUGAAAGAUCUUGAAAUUGGGUCAUCAAUCUUCUCAAGACCCCAUAUAUAAACAGCUUGAUACUUUUGAUGAAUAUCUCAACAAUGAAUCUUGACCAAGAACUCGCCGAGAUCAGAGCUAGCAGUUCCGACCACACCAAUUACUUCUACAGCUCGGAGAGGAGAGAGCACAUGUUCGACAAAGUGUUGACACCAAGUGACGUCGGUAAACUAAACCGGCUCGUGAUUCCAAAGCAACAUGCAGAGAACUUCUUCCCUUUAGAGGACAAUCAAAACGGCACAGUGUUGGAUUUCCAAGACAAAAACGGCAAGAUGUGGAGGUUUCGUUACUCGUAUUGGAACAGUAGCCAAAGCUACGUGAUGACCAAAGGAUGGAGCCGUUUCGUCAAGGAGAAGAAACUCUUCGCCGGAGACACCGUCUCUUUCUACCGUGGCUACAUCCCUGACGAUAACGCACAACCGGAGAGACGACGGAAAAUAAUGUUCAUCGAUUGGAGGCCUAGAGCCGAGAUAAACUUCGUACACAACAUUAACAAUCAUAACUUCGUUUUCGGGUCUCCGACAUAUCCAACGGCUAGGUUUUAUCCGGUGACGCCGGAAUAUUCCAUGCCAUACCGGAGUUUUCCACCGUUUUAUCAGAACCAAUUUCAAGAACGGGAAUAUUUAGGGUAUGGUUAUGGUAGAGUUGUUAAUGGUAAUGGAGUGCGUUACUACGCAGGAUCACCGUUGGAUCAACAUCAUCAGUGGAAUCUUGGUCGAUCUGAGCCGUUGGUUUAUGACUCGGUUCCAGUUUUUCCAGCGGGGAGGGUACCUCCGUCGGCGCCUCCUCAGCCGUCGACGACGAAGAAGCUGAGGCUGUUUGGGGUUGACGUGGAAGAGUCUUCAUCUUCAGGGGAUACACGUGGCGAAAUGGGAGUAGCAGGGUACUCUUCCUCGUCUCCGGUUGUGAUCAGAGACGAUGAUCAAUCAUUUUGGAGGUCGCCACGUGGCGAAAUGGCAUCGUCUUCUUCGGCUAUGCAGCUAAGUGAUGAUGAAGAAUAUAAGAGGAAAGGGAAAUCUUUAGAGCUUUGAAGAUAGAAUAAAAUAAGAACUAAGGAGUAAUUUAUUCACCAUUUUCUUUUAAGAGUUAGUUCCAACUUUCAACUCAUUAGAUCAUUUGGCAAUUGGGGAAUAUGUAGUGGGAAAUUAACCGGGCUUAUAUCUAUAUAUUGGUUUAAUUAAGAGUUUUUGUUUCAACAUGUUGAUCCUUGAGCCC